AUGACUGCAAUAUUUUUUCGUCGGCACAAGCAACUUUUCAUCAAUUUGAUCUCUGCCUCAGGUCUUCUAACUCUCGGUGAUUUUUGUGCACAAUUUUUUCAUGAAAAAAAGACAUCUCUAGAUGAUAAACGUUUACUUGCUGCAUGCCUUACUGGAACAGCUAUGGGUACUGAAGGACAUAUUUGGUAUAAAUUUCUUGAUCGUGCUAUAGUUCAAGCAACAUGGCAUAAUGUAUUUAAAAAAGUGGUUCUUGAUCAAACUAUUGCUGCACCUAUUUAUACAAUGACAUAUAUUAUUGGUACAUCUGUUUUGGAAGGACGAACAUCUUCUCGAGAAUUGAAGAAUGAUAUCAAAGCAAAUUUCCUUCCACUUUAUAUAGCCGAUUGUGUUAUUUUUAUACCUGUUCAAAUCAUAAAUUUUAGAUAUAUUUCUAAAUAUUAUCGUGUACCAUUUAUGUUUUCUAUAUCGUUUGUUUUUAAUUAUUUUCUAAGCGUCUAUAAACAUAGACGGCAAUAA